AUGGGACCACUGACCCAGUGGCACAUUGUGACGAAGAAAAAGGAGCAGGCGCAUGCGCUCAUCCAAGAGGUGAUGCAGUACAGCAACUCGGUGCGCGACGUGAUUUGGGUGUUUGAGAUGGGUGGGUGGCGGCCGGACAAGGAGUUGUGGGAUGCGGUGCAGAAGGCGUCUUGGGACGACGUCGUGCUGGAAGCCGAUUUCAAGAAGAGCAUCCAGAACGACUACCGCACAUUUUUUAAGAGCGAGGAAACGUACAAGAGGCUCAAUAUCCCGUGGAAGCGUGGCCUCAUCUUCCUGGGCCCGCCGGGCAACGGCAAGACGAUCAGUCUCAAAGCCAUCAUGCACGAAAUGGACGUACCUACCCUCUACGUGCGGACCUUGACCAGCUUUAUGGGCGACGAGUUUAGUGUCCGCCAGAUCUUUGAGCGCGCCCGACAAGAGGCGCCGUGCAUCCUGAUCCUCGAAGACCUGGACAGCAUUAUCACAGAUCGUAGCCGCAGUUUUUUCCUCAACGAAGUUGAUGGAAUCAAUGCCAACGAUGGUAUCCUUAUGAUCGGAACGACCAACCACUUCGACUGCCUCGACCCCGGUCUCGCGAACCGCCCGUCGCGCUUCGACCGCAAGUACAACUUCCCCAACCCGUCCAAGGAGCAGCGCAGGGACUACGCGCUGUUCUGGCAGGGCAAGCUCAAGGAUAACAAGGACAUCGAGUUCCCCGACGACCUUGUUGACGAGUUCGCCGAUAAGACGGACAAGUUCUCCUUCGCGUACAUGAAAGAGGCCUUGUAA